GUUGGUAUUUUUCACUGCCCCUCGGACGGUCACACUGAAGCGGCGAGCAGCCCAAUAAAAAAAUGUAAAUUGUGCAGCAAGUGAAAUUGAAAAGCAAUAUAUUUAAGUGUGAUCCGCGUGUGCUGACAUUAAGCAAAUCGGCGGGUGCCGAUUGCCGCCCCCGCCCCAAAGAUCCCCGCAAAUCGCCUAACCCCGCGAUGGCCUCCCUACAUUCCAGUUGGCGUUUUGGCAAGCGGAGCAAAUUACAAUUACGCAUUAAAGUUUCGCAGGAUCCGGAGGACUUUUACCGCCUGGAUCCCAAACGAUCGGCCGCCGAAAAUGCCUUCGACAUAUACUCGAUGCUCUGUUUGGAGGAGACGCGGGACACGAAGCGCCUGUUCCUGCUCAACGCGCUGGCCUCGCUCUGCUUGGGGGCCCGAAAGGGCUCCCACCACAGCAACAUACGCUUCAGCACGGAGGAGCUGCUCUACUGCCUGAGUGCCUCACUGGUGCACACUUUUACCCAGGUGCGAGCGGCGGCCCUAAGGACGAUCCGCUAUGCCCUGAGCACGCCGAAGGACAUCAAGGCGUUCAAUGCGCUGCAGCUGCAGCACCUGCUGUGCCGCUCCAUUGACCUGAUGCUAAAGAACGACGACGAGCGCGUCCAGGCCCUGAAGCUGGUGCGCAAGAUGCUGGCCAUUGCGCCGGAGGACAUCAGUCCGGUGGUGGUGCGCUGCCUCGUCUCGCUGGCCGACAGCGGAAUCGAGGAGAACGACAACCUGCUGCGCGCCUGCCUGGCCACAUUGGCGGAGUUCGCCGUGCUCAAUCCGGCGCUGCUCAUCGUCUGCGGCGGCGUUACUUCCAUCACACGCAACGUGCUGGAGUGCCACAAUCCCCGCAUUGCCGAGAGUCUCUGCGGCGUGCUCCUGUACCUCCUCGAAUGGCCGCAGACGAGGAACAUCUGCGGAGUGCGGCUGGAUUGCCUGGCCGCUCCGUACUGCGACUUCACCUACAGACUCGGCAUCAUGGAUAAAAACAAAGAUGCGCGUGAACUUCGCUACACUAGCUGUCGACUGGCACUUCUAUCCGUGCUGCGCAGCUGGACGGGCACCCUCGAAUUCUGUGAUCCUAGCAAACCCUCAGGCCUGAAGGCAAUAGUCGACGCUCUUUAUUUAAAUCAGAUUGAAGUCAGAAAAGCAAUACUGGAUUUGCUGUACGAGCUGCUCUCGCUGCCCCAGCCAACGUGGACGGAUGACUAUGCGGUGGCGCUGCAGGCUGUGGAUCCGUCGGACUUCCAGACUUCCUGGCUGCUGACCAAUGGCUUCGUGUCCGCCGAAGGGCGCUCCAUUCUGCCAACGCUGGCGGCCCGGGCGCCCAGUGUGGUGGAGCAGCACCUGGCGCUGAUGCUCUACUGCUUCCUGGAGACUGGACUGCUCAAUGCGCUCGUUGAGGUUGCCGUGGGCAGCGACCAGUUCGUGUCUGUGCAGGCCACGGUGCUGAUUGGCAAGAUCCUGCAGCUGAUGCACACGCACCUGCCGCCGGACAUCUGCUGCACGAGUCCGGCUCUGCCCACGCUGGUGGGCCACGCCACCCAGGGAAACCAGCAGGCCAAUGCGGCGGUGGCCGCCUUGCAAAACUACCAGAAAAUGCUGCGCCAGCGGCCGGCAUCGUGCAGCCUCUUCCUAGACAGCAUUAUCCAGGGCGGUGCCCUCAUCCAGACGCGUCUGUUCCGUCGUCACCUCAACGUGCAGGAGCAGGCGGGUCCAGUGCUCCAGCUGCAGGAUACGGCCGAAGCGGCCGCUUCAGCGGUGCCGCCUGUCGGCCAGUUUCGGGCCACGCUCGAUCGCUCCCGGCUGGACUCAGUCUCCUCCAGCGACGAGUCCAACUCGCAAGCCUCGGGCUCGUCGAGGUCCAGUUUCCGGCUGAAACGAAAGUUCUUCCCCCAAGCCUUCUUUGACAACUUUCGAGCCUUCAAUCGGCUGCUCACAGACUCUCGGGUGCUGACCCAAGCGGAUGCGCAUCUCUGGGACUGGGAUGUUAUCACCACCAUACUUAAGUCGAAUUUAAUCCGCAAGUUGGACUACACUCUGGGAAAGUUCCUGAGGCGCCUUGUGGACUUUUACAAGCCGCGUAACAAUCGGUUUUCGCACCAGGAUUUGGUACCUGGGCAGAGCCUGCCAACCUAUGUCAGUGCCGGACUGGAUCUGAUCGAUGUCCUCUUGGGCAGCAGCGAGUUGGAGUGUAUGCGCUACAUAACCGACUACUUUUCCGACAUCAGCCAGCAGUUGGCGGCCGUCACCACAUCGAAUCGUGCACACGACUGUCUAUUUAGUCCGCAGCACAUGAACAACACGAUGUGUCAGCAGUAUUUCCUCUAUAUCGGACGCAUGUGCCGAACCACUAAGGGCAUCGAAGUGCUCAAAAACACCACCGUAUUUGAAUACUUGAUCAACCUGGUGCGAGUGACGGAUCAUGUCUGCUAUGUUAAGCUGAUUGUGUCCGGCUUGAACUACAGCUACGAGAAGCUACCUCGCCAGGUGCUGGAGAAGGCGCUGACGUCGGCGAAGACGCGCAGCGGACGCCUAUAUGCCACCCAGUUCAUGGCUGUGCUGCUGCGUGCCCGACUGCCCCACUUUGAGGUGUGGGGCAUUCCGUUGAUCAUCCACCAGACGCGGGAUGCCGACCGCAGCGUGGUGCUGGCCGCAAUGGAGGUGCUGGAGGAGGCCUGCCACGACAAGUACUACCUGGAGGAGAUUGUCAGUCGGUGGCCCAAUCUCACGCAGCGCGGUGAUGCCGGACGCCUGCUGAUGGCCCGCUAUUACUCACUGCCGCGCGGCCUGAACAGUACGAAGGCGCAGAUCGUGGAUGAGAUCCGGUACUGGCGGAACGGGUACAACAAGCGGUACGUGCUCCUGGUUGAGGCCGACACCCACUCCAGCCUGACGCUGCACAUCCGCAACGAGGACGGCUACUACUCGCGGCGCAACUGCAACCAGAGACCCCAGACUGUUCCGCCCAACAUUGCCCCCCAUCUCUACGGCCAGAUGGCGCAGACUGCCCAGGGAAUGACGGCGCUGCGGAAGCACGGAGAUCUGCCGCAGCUGCUGGAGCUGCUCACACGGGCCAAGUGCUCGGACGACGGCGAGUGCCUGGACCUGAAGGCGUCCAUCUGGGCACUGGCGCACGCCUCAACCCAUGCCAAUGGAAUUGAAUACUUUGUGGAAGCUAAUGCUAGACUUUAUGAGAAGCUAAUUGUGCUGGUGACCAAGUGUGAGGUCUACUCGGUGCGAGCCACCUGUUUUAGUGCCUUAGGACUUAUUGCCGGCACCCAAGCAGGAGCCAAUAUUCUUUUUAAACUGAACUGGCUGAGCGUGCGACAUGACAGGAACACCAUGUGGCCAGUGCAUCAGCCGGAGGACUGGAUGUCCAGCCAGUACACACCGGUGCGACAUUACUACGAGGAUGUGCCGGCGGACAACCUGACGAUGCUGGAGGAUCAGAUCGAUGGGUUCUACUACACAGGCUCCUACUAUUGGAACCUGAUGGCCGACCAGACGGAGUCGAGUGCAGGCGCCGGAGGUGUGGCCAUGUCCGGAACCACGGGGGGCAUUCAUCCCACAGUGCAGGAUCCGAACACAACGACCACGACCACGGAUAGCGUUCGCACCACAACCGACGAUGUGCAUCCCAGAAUGUUGGCCAGCCUGGGGGUGGCCGCCAAAUCGAAGACUCUGCCGGAGGGCAGUAACCUGCGCCAGGGCAAGCACCAGCGCUCGCUCUCCGAGUCAAAGACCACGGAUGUGAUUAGCUUGCUCGGCGGCGGAGCCACCACGAUGCCGGGGGCGGGUCUCUAUCCCAUGCCGUACCAGCACCGCAUACGGUAUAAUUCCUGCACGGAUUCGAACACUUCCGGCGUCAGCAGCUGCGAAUCGGUGACCGGACGCACUGCAGCUGCGGCCGCCGCAGCAGCGGCCAACAUGAGCGAGUUCCAGCAAUUCCCGCUGAGUCCCAUUCCGAGCAUGUCCAAUCUGCUGGAGAGCGACGAGCUGAUCCGGCGAAACCAGCUGGCCACCAGUCUGCUGCCCUCCACCCUCAGCCCCAUGGCGAUGAAGGGCUAUGCCCAGCUGCGCUCCCUGCGCGCCCACAGUCGACCCGUCUUCUCGGAGUCGGCGGCCGCGUUCUACGACUUCGCCGAGAUGAUCGGCACGCCCGAGGUGCAGCUGCGCCGGCCCGACUGGACCCAUGCCCAUCGUCGGCUCAAGGUGCGCAGCCUGGACCGCCAGCCCAAGCUGAAUGAGGUGUACAGACGUCUCUCCGCGGACGAGUUGAACGUGCUGCUGCCCACGCUUAACGCUCCCAAGUUCCUGCCCCAGAACGACCUGCAGGGGCCGUGCUACGCGGGCAUCUGCCUGCCGAAGAACGUGCUGGACCUGUUUCCCAAGCGCAACCUCAGUCGGACGUACGUGUCGCGCGACAUCCAGGACCAGGAUCUGAUGGGCAUCAAUCUGCUGGGCAGCAUUGGGCGGCAGCAGUUCCUCAACGACUCGCUGACCAACGAGGGCGGCGACGAGUCCUCGGUGAUAUCCUCGCUGUCGGACGUCUCCUCCGCCAGUCGUCGCCAGCCGCGUCAGUGGCAGCAGGGCGCCAAGCACGCGCGCAGUCAGUGUCUCCACUGCGCCCGCUCGCCAAAACAGCAGUCGGGUCACGACCACAGCGGUGGCCAGAGCAAUGGUGGUGGCGGUGGUGCCUCCCUGGCCCCCUGUGAGCUGUACAGCAGUGCGGCAGCCGCCCUUGUGGCGGCCGGCAUCCAGGCCGGACCUGUUCUGGCCAAGAAGAGCUCGGGAUCGUCCGCCCCGGGAGCCGCGUCGUCGGGUGCCGCCCUGGGUGCGGACAUAAGCUUCCAUUCGCCGGAGAGCAUGCUGAGCGAGGACAGCCUGCCGGACAGGCUGACGGCCUCCAUCCUGUACAAUGUGCAGCGCCUGGCCAAUCCCGUCAGUGCCAAGCAGUCGAAGAUGGCGCUGCUGGAGCUUAAGCAAAAGCAUCCGCACGCCUUUCAGGACAUUUGUCUCUACUCGGAGUCCUGCAAAACGCUGGGCAGGAGCAGCUAUCGCAUGAUUGCCCGCCGCUUCCUGCAGGAGCUCUUCCUGGACCUCAACUUCGACUCGUUCUACGUGGAGCCGCAGCUGAUAAUCGGGGCGCGAAAGUUUCCCGCUGAGGAGAAGCCAGAGGCCACGCCGCCCACGACAAUGCAGGCCAUGCCGUUCAAGGCCAUGAUCCUCAAGCCCAAGCCGGCGGCCCAAUUGGCCAGCGUGUACGAGACCAGCUGGGAGAACCUCAUAAUGGACCAGUCGCCCCGGAUAACCAAGUCUUCGCCUGCCAGUCAGCCGGCCAAUGCCCAGCUGCAGGCAAAGCCACGGAAUCAGCUGCACAUCGACGACACGGAAAGCUCGCUGUCCAAUUCCGACGGCGAGGACGACGCCGGCGAGGAUGUGUGCGACGGCAGUGGGGCGGGCACGCAGGCCAGCUCGGUGACCACCGCCCACACAGCCCUGCCCACCGGGAACAGCAAUCGGAGUAGCAUCUGCACAAUCAGCCAGCAGCCAGCUGCAGGUGUUGGUGUGGCUACCUCCGCUGGAGCGGCGAGUGUAUCGGAUGAAGCCGGUACAAUUUUGAGGAACGAAAACCGGCAGUAUACCCGCGGACGCUUCUAUACGCUGGAGCUGGACUUGAGCUGUACCAAGAACAAAUUUCCCAUCAAGGAUCGCAGCCAGGCAAAGCCGCCGCCGCCGACAGCAGCAGCAUCAGGAGCAGCAGCAGCAGGCAAGAGCUCGCCCACACAGGCUGUGUCGAUUCUGCAGCGUCAGGUGAGCGCUGAUGCGCAGGCAGUGUCGCCCACCAUUGGCGGUGGUGGCCAUGAAUCCUCGUCGGCCCUGCACUAUUCCACGGUGACCAAGAGCUUGCCGGCAUCGAUGGCCAAGCCGGUGGGCAGCCUCUACUGCGAGAAGCGUUUGCAGAGCUCCAAAUCGGAAGCGGUUCUCGAUGAGGUGGCGAUAGCGAGACGAGCAUCUGGCGGUGUGGGAGUGGCCAGCUGGCGCCAGCUCCUCGACACACUCGGCGAAGAUCAGCUAAAGUAGUCCAGAAGUCCAGUAGUCCAGUAGUCCAGUAGUCCUCCACUCAUCAUCUCCACAUCUCAUUUUUAAAACGCCCGCCCGCCCGCCUUCCUAAACCGAAACCGAUCGGAUGGAUGAUUGUAAUAUAUCAAAUCAAAGAACAUGUAGCUACCUAGUUUUAGGCACACCCUACUAUAGGAAUUAAGUUAUUUUCGCCUAGUUCGUUACGACUAAUGUUAUUACCAUAAUUACUUUUACGAUCACCACUUAUGCAUAGUUAUUUUUAAUGAAAUAAAAUCAUAACCUUAAGCAGAAAACACCAACAAACAUCAAAAAAUCCCAAAAAAUAAUAUAUAAUUUUCUAAUAUAAUAUAUAUCUACCAACAUACUGUAUAAAAGCAAACAAACGAAGGCAAAUUGGAUGAAUACCUUAAAGCAACAAGAAACAACCACAAACCACCGCGAUUUAUUUAAUCAAUUGUACUUAAAACGAAAAAAAAGAAAUUAAAAACUAGUGGCAGAAGAAAAGAACAAGACCACAAAAUCCUUAAAUCAAGAAAUUAUCAUUAACGUUGAAAACAAAGCAAGAAAAGCGAAUAACGUGAAUCGUUCACAACCAAUUUAAAAACCAAAAUAAAAUCAAUAAAUUUAUAAAACUGAA